UCUACGUUUGUGUAGUUUGAAACACGCCUAGUCAGUCGAAAAAGAAAAAUGCGCAUAUUGCCAUCGCUUUUGUGUGCGAUCCCUUUGGAAUAGAUAUCCACGCGUAAAUAACAAUUUAUUCGUUAAACAAUAAACACUUGAUUCAAAAUAAUCAUUUUUUAUUUGAUUUUAUUGCGUUUGAGCGAAGCAAGGCCUCAGGUUGUUUAUCUGGUCUUUACUUUAGGACAGCGAGGAUAACCAGCCUGCCGCUCUCCUUCCACACUGAGCCCAAGCCUAUACUGACUGGGUCCUGAUUGUGACAAAGAAGUUCCCUGGGCACCGCAGGAGAGAUGGCAUCAGUGAAAGAAAGCAGUCAAACUCUCCGGCUGAAUAUCAUCACAAAAGAUAUAGAAGAGGAAGUGAAGAUUUGGGAAUGCGAUGAUUACGCAGAAGAGAGUCCAGAGAUGGCGUCAGUGAAGUUGGCAGACAGCAGUCAAACACUUGGGCUGAAUGUCACCUUUAAAGAAGAGGAGAAGGGUGACUUUGGGGAAUCUGAUCAUGGAGAGACCCCUAACUCCUCUGACCAAGUUGAGACAUUUCCUGCUCCAGUCAAGCAUCGUCGGAAAGUGAGUAAAGUGAAGAGGUCUCACCACUGUCCCCACUGUGAGAAGAUUUUCCCUUUCCUUUCAUAUCUUGAAAGACACGUGCGAAAACAUUCCGGAGAGAAGCCUUACUCUUGCUCUGACUGUGGGAUGAGUUUCUCUCAACUGAGUGGCUUGAAUGUGCACCAGCGAACACACACUGGAGAGAAGCCUCACCACUGUCCUCACUGUGAGGAGAGUUUCCCAUUCCCAUCAUAUCUUGAAAGACACCUGCGAAAACAUUCAGGAGAGAAGCCUUAUUCCUGCUCUGUCUGUGGGAUGAGUUUCUCUCAACGCAGUGGCUUGAACGUGCACCAGCGAUCACACACUGGAGAGAAGCCUCACCACUGUCCUCACUGUGAGGAGAGUUUCCCAUUCCCAUCAUAUCUUGAAAGACAUCUGCGUAAACAUUCUGGAGAGAAGCCUUAUUCCUGCUCUGACUGUGGGAUGAGUUUCUCUCAACUGAGUGGCUUGAAUGUGCACCAGCGAACACACACUGGAGAGAAGCCUCACCACUGUCCUCAGUGUAAGGAGAGUUUCCCAUUCCCAUCAUAUCUUGAAAGACACAUGCGAAAACAUUCUGGAGAGAAGCCUUAUUCCUGCUCGGUCUGUGGGAUGAGUUUCUCGCAACUGAGUGGCUUGAAUGUGCACCAGCGAACACACACUGGAGAGAAGCCUCACCGCUGUCCUCACUGUGAGAAGAGUUUCCCAUUCCCAUCAUAUCUUGAAAUACACCUGCGGAAACAUUCUGGAGAGAAACCGUACUCCUGCUCUGACUGUGGGAAAUGCUUCACAACAUCAAGUCAUCUAACCUCUCAUCGGAUAACUCACACAGGGGAGAAGCCUUACUCUUGCUCUGACUGUGGGAAGAGUUUCCCAUUCCCAUCAUAUCUUGAAAGACACCUGCGGAAACAUUCUGGCGAGAAGCCGUACUGCUGCUCUGACUGCGGGAAAUGCUUCACCACAUCAAGCAAUCUAACACUUCAUCAGAGUGCACACAGGGGAGAAGCCUUACUAAUGAUCUGACGAGUGUGGAAGAAUCUCAUCUGGACAGCCUGAACCUUCGCAAGUAAAACACACAGGAGAAAAACCUUACUCCUGCUCUAACCGCGGGGAAGGAUUUCACCUCACCAAGUCAUCUAACCGUUCAUAAGAGAGUGCACACAGGAAAAAAAAGCCUUAUCAAUGUUCUGAAUGUGGGUAGCUUCAAACACCACCAGCGAAUAAGUACAGGAGAGAAGUCGUACUCUUGUUCUGACUGUGAGAAGUGCUUCACCUCAUUGAAUCAGUUAGGUGUUCAUCAUAGCACUAUAUCUGCUACGUCUUUGCUGAUCAAUUACAUUGUAAAAUGACAUUGUGCUGCCCUUUUUAUAGACCUGUGGAAGUCUUUCGAUUGUGUUGACCAAUUUUGGCGGCAGGUAGAGAGUUGGACUAGUAAUCGACUGGUUGCAAGAUCGAAUCCCCCGAGCUGACCAGGUAAAAAUCUGUCGUUCUGCCCCUGAACAAGGCAGUUAGCCCACUGUUCCUAGGCCGUCAUUGAAAAUAAGAAUUUGUUCUUAACUGACUUGCCUACUUAAAUAAAAAUUGGCCUGGGUCAGGCAACCUGCAUUUGGUUUGAAAACAACCUGACCGAGAGGACACUUCUGAUGGUGUUAAGUAAAGUUUCCUUUAGUACUAAACGGUGCCCCCCCCCCCUCCCCCCCCUCCCCUGGGUCGAUUUUGGGCCCUGUACUUUUUGCUAUCUAUAUAAACACUAUUGGUUUGUAAGAAAUUGUAACCUCCACUUGUAUGUGGACGAUACUGUUGCGCAUUCUGUUCACAAGGCUCGUCCAGAACUACAAUCUGCCUUAUGUUUUGCAGAAAGCCUUUGUUCAACUGGAGUUGGUACUUAAUGCAGGUAACCAGGUAUGUUAUUUUCAAAAACACUUAAGUGUAUUUGAUGUUUUAUCCAUAUAUAUAUAUAUAUUGGAUGGUGACAACAAUUGAUAGUGUCCCUGUUUAUUAUAAUAAUACAUGGGACUUAUUUUCAAUGUCGCUUUUACCAUUGUGGAAACUAAACAGAAAACAAGACGACAUCAAGACAACGGCAGGAAGAAACAAAACCGUGAGAGGGGCUUAAAGAAGGGAAACGAGUGUGAGGGAGGAGUUCGGCUGCAGAGUUCUGAACCAUUUGGAGCUUAUGGAGGGAGCUUGCAUUGAUGCCUGGAGAUUAGUGAGUUGCAGUAAGUCGAGACGGGAGAUGAUAAAUGCUUGGAUCUGGGUUUCAGCGACAGAUGUAGUGGUGGAAAGAGGGUGCAGUCCAGGAUAACACCUGGGUUGAGGCAGAGACAAUGGUAUCAUCAAUGGUUAGGUUAACAAUUUAUGGCAACUGGAUGUUGAAGUGAUGGAGUAUCUGGCCAAGGGGGAGGAUGUAGAUGAAGAGUAAGGGGCCCAGCACAGAGCCCUGAGUGACACCCAAUGUGAAACUGCAGCUGUGUGAGGUAUGGCCAUUGAGUGAGAUGUAGUGGGUCUGGUUGGUGAGGUAUGAUUGUAGCCAGGAGAGUGCCCUCAACACCCAGACCCGCUAGCCUGAUGACCAGGACUUGUUGGCUCAACGUGUCAAAGACAAAUCAGGAUGUUGAGGGCACUGACAUCAGCAGAGGUUAGGUCAUUGAUGACUGACGGGGGCGGAAUCCAGACUGGAUGGGCUCAAAUAGGUUAUUGUUCAGGAGGUGGGUUUGUAGUGGAGAGGCAGCUGGCCUUUUCAAGUGUUUUAGCGAGGAGGUUGGAGAUGAGGCGAUCCUCAAUGACUAUCUAGUCCGGGCUUCUUUAGGAUGGGAGUGACUGCAGCUGUUUUGUACAUGGACGGGACAGCUCCAUGGGCGAGGGAGAGGUUGAUGGUGUGGACAGAGAGCAGGCAGGCAGGCUUUGAUGAGAGGAUCCUGAGAGCAGGUUGUCGUCCUGGGUGACAUGUCAAGUUGAGAGAUAUAGGGGGCUGAAUGUGGAGAGUCGGGUUUCAGGGGUAACAGUUGCGGCAGAUUUAUCGCUCGGUGAUUAAACUAAUCUUGUCCUUGAAAAAAAAAAAACUGAAGGAGUUGCAGAGUUCAGUCAAGAGAGUAGAUAAGGUGUGGUCACGGGGCUGAAGUAGUUUCUUGACAGUGGGGAAUAAGAGUCUGGGGGUUCUUAUUGGAGCUGUUGAAGUAGAUGGACCUGGCAGCAGAGGCCAUCUCUGUAGGUGGAGUUUGAGCCCAGACUUCCUGCUCAGGCUCCAGCCAGCUUGUUUCAGAGCACAAAGUUCAUGGGCAAACCAGGGAUGAGGAGGAUGAGACGGGUUCAGUUUGGAGAGAGGCCAGAGAGUUGAGGGGGACAUGUAUAGAGCAGUGUUUAAUUGGGCUGCAUGACUGGCGCACAUUCUACAACUCAUUCUUUACAGACUCUCAAUGAGCACACAGGAGCCUUAUCAGUAAUGGUAGAUCUGCGGAGAAUAAAAAAAAUUACCCAAAAUUCCAUUCACAGAAGAAGUGUGGGACAUUCUAAAAUGCUUGUUCUCCCAACGAUGGCUUAAUGUGACUUAAGGACAUAAAAUCAACAUGUGGGUGGGUGGGUGGGUGGGGUCCAGGGGCAAUGUUAACAUGUGUAAAAUGACAAGUAUUGAUACAUAUUUGAAUUCAAUCUAUUAAAGAUGAUAUGGAACUGUUG